UUGUGUGGCGUUUGUUUGACGUGACACUCCCCCCUUGUCGAUAUGAGGCCGACGUCACCCUGCCAGCGGAGGAGUGGAUGGCCUCUGUAAUAAAAACACAUGAAGAGAAUCGAGGAAAAGGAGAAGAUUGUCCGGGGAAAAGGCAACAACACGGCGGUUUUCGCUUUCUUCACCCUUCUGAUGAGCCAUGGACGUGAACGCCUCUUAAAAACAAACGGGGAUAUAUUCUGGUCGCGGCAUCGACAGUUCCGGCUGAAAUGCCAUGUUAUGUGUGGCUUUCAUGGUUUUUUUUAGCAGACAGCGAGAGAUAACUGUACUGUAUACCAGCCUAGCGGAUUGGAGUGAAAGUCCGCCAUAUUCUGCUUUACCACGCCCGGGAGUCGAGCCAUUGGAAAAUAAACGGACAGCUUUAUUCAAGUGUUUUCCCCGUUGCUUUCACCCACGGACGAUUACUUGAACACAGUGGUUUUGUUGAUUGAAAAAUAACAACAUUGAAGACUUUGAAGAGAGGUGGCAGGGCACGGAUGGCAAUGCUUAACGAGAUCACACCGAGCAGUAUUGAGGAUGUGUCUUAAAAGGAUCUGUUGAUCAUAUUGAGAAGGAAAAGCAGAUUACACCAAUUAAGAUUGAACAGAUAUUCAACCCAAACUGCUUUGGACACUAUUUUGAAGCUCACGGGAAGCCCAGAAAGCGAACCGAAACGGGGGGAUGGUGUGUCAAUAAUUUCUAAACUAUAACAAUUUCCUUUCCACCACAAUCUGUGCGCUUUUCGGGCUCAUUAUAAGGGCGUCCACGCGUUAUUCACCACACGCAGGCCUGUAUGAGGACGUUAUUUGGGGAUCACAGGCCUCUGCUUUUUACAUUUUUUACCCCGACGAAUUUGAAAUCUGAAUGAAUCAGUAAGAGGGGAAAGUGCGUGUUUGAAAAAAGGAGAGAGAAUGACACUGGAAUCCAUAAUGGCGUGUUGCCUCAGCGAGGAGGGGAAGGAAGCCAGGCGGAUCAACGACGAGAUCGAGAGGCAGCUCCGCCGGGACAAGAGGGACGCACGCCGGGAGCUGAAACUGUUGCUUCUCGGCACUGGGGAAAGUGGGAAGAGCACAUUCAUCAAACAGAUGAGGAUUAUCCACGGCACCGGGUAUUCUGAUGAAGACAAAAGGAGUUUUACUAAACUGGUCUAUCAGAACAUAUUCACAUCCAUGCAGUCCAUGAUCCGAGCCUCGGAGACGCUCAAGGUGCCCUACAAAUACGAGCUCAACAAGGGCCAUGCCAACCUUGUGAAAGAGGUGGACGUAGAAAAGAUCAGCAUGUUCGAGAAUCCCUACAUAGAUGCAAUCAAAAGCUUAUGGAAUGACCCAGGCAUCCAGGAGUGCUACGAUCGAAGGAGGGAAUACCAACUCUCAGACUCCACUAAAUAUUACCUGAACGCGUUGGACCGGAUAUCGCUGCCGGCCUACCUCCCCACCCAGCAGGAUGUGUUGAGGGUUCGAGUCCCAACCACGGGAAUCAUUGAAUACCCGUUUGACCUGCAGAGUGUCAUAUUCAGGAUGGUGGAUGUGGGAGGUCAGAGGUCGGAGAGGAGGAAGUGGAUCCACUGCUUUGAGAACGUCACCUCCAUCAUGUUCCUGGUGGCACUCAGCGAAUACGACCAGGUGUUGGUGGAAUCAGACAAUGAGAACCGGAUGGAGGAGAGUAAAGCUCUGUUCAGGACAAUAGUCACGUACCCCUGGUUCCAAAACUCCUCAGUCAUUCUCUUCCUCAACAAGAAGGACCUUUUGGAGGAGAAGAUCAUGUACUCCCAUCUGGUCGACUACUUCCCAGAGUAUGACGGUCCCGCGAGGGAUGCCCAAGCAGGACGGGAGUUUAUCCUGAAGAUGUUUGUGGACCUGAAUCCAGACGGCGAUAAAAUCAUCUACUCACACUUCACCUGUGCCACGGACACAGAGAACAUCCGCUUCGUCUUUGCUGCCGUCAAAGACACCAUCCUGCAGCUCAACCUGAAGGAGUACAACCUGGUGUAGAGGGGGGAGACCCCCCCACACACUGACUGAGGCAAUCUAUGAAAACAUAGAUCAUACACACACAAAAGAAAAUCUGAGAAAUGUAAUGGUUGCAUAAUAAUAAUUUAUUUGCCAUUUGUUGAUCUCUUGGUCCCCAAGGGUUAGCAAAGUAAAUGUUAUUUUGCUAUUUAAGGAGUUGAUUAAAUAUAUGGAGCAGGAGGAGGGCAAUACAUUUAAAGUAUAAGUGUUUGCGGGGAUAUGCUGUUGAUGUUAGCAGCAAGGAUCCUCAUUUCUAGGCUUUGCGCAUUGUGAAUUUUUGUUUCGAUUUUUGGCCUAAAGAAAGAAACUACUUUGUGCACUCAAGGUUUGGCAAUUUUUUUUUUCUGUCAGUUUGAUACAUCAGAGCUGGAGCAAAUGCAAUGCGCUCCCUGCCUCCUGCCUUUUUAUAACCAAGAAGAAGAAAAAAAGUUUUCAUUCCUUUUUUUUUUUAACUCUCCCUCCUUUCCCAUUGGUUCAUUCAGAAGCUUCGUUCCGGCCGUUUACCUGUUAAACCAAAUAGGAAAUGAUGCAACAGAUCUAUAAUUGACAGCUUUUAUUUUUCUGCAUAGGACUGAUUGGCAAGUCUCUCAAUAAGUUGGCAUAAACUGUGAUUUAAAAAGAAAUGCUAUAUUGAUUUGGUAUUGAUAGACUCAUAUCGUUAUUGUUUAUAAUACAUUGCAUUGACUUUGGUACCAUCCAAUGAGUACAUUAAAAGGGGAAAUAGCCCGAGUCUUGACAGUCACAGGCUUUAAAAAAAACUUCUGAGCUUUGAGCAAGAAGAUCAGGAGGUACGCCUGUUCUACACAGAUGGGAGUCAAGGACGUGAUUAUUUAUGUGACUACGUUGUUAAAUGAUUAUGUUAAACUUUGCCACAUUAACGCUUUUUAUUACGGUUAUCUGUGUAUUUAUUGCCAAUGCCAAAACUAUUCAAGAACUAGACUCCACUUUGUGAUGUUUACUACUUAGAUGAAAUGAUAAGUGUUGAGGACGGGAACAGGAAGUGUUAAUGAACGCAGACUUGUCCCUUAUUGAUCGAUCGACUGAUUCCUCCAAUUAAUAUUCAACACAGUCAAUGGUACAGCCCCCCCCCCUCAGCCCUGCUCAAGCUGUCCAAUCACAACCCACUGCAAACCCCUUCUCCUAGCAUAUACACCAUCCUGUCACGCUUUAGCUUUGUCUUUAUUACACUUGCGCAAUCACAACCCGGCUGUCCUGACUGUUGUAAGUCAAUAGCAGUGAAGAAUACAUUUAGCUAAUUUCUAUGUAAAAGGGCACAGUGUUGAUGAUCAGUUUGUACCAAAGUAAGCCCUUCUUCUUUCUGAUUUGCAAUUAUUUCAUUCCCAAGCUACUUAAAGUAUUUUUUGUAACAAUUCCCUAGAACGUAAGCCUGUAAUUUACAUUUAUUGAGGCAUAGUGCAAUUAUGAACGCUAUAAUCAUUGUACAUACAUCUCUAUAUAUAUAUAUAUCGCAGCAUCUUUGUUGGCUUUGUAAUCAUUACCUUUUUGGCAGAUUGAAUGUGCGGUAUUGAAAAUAUGUAUCUGUGUAAUUGUAUUGUAUGUCUAAUGGCUAAUUCAUUUUUGGAAGAAAAAAAUAUGUUAUUUACAUGUUUGUUUUUGUUUCCUUUUUUUAAGAGGAGAAUGUAAAUGUUAUGUUUUGCCAGUUUUUCAGCAAAGAAACAUUGCUCAGCUUCAUAACGGCAUAAAGAGGAGUAUUAUUAUCCAAGAAUACAUGAUUGGUAUGCCAGCACUUAAAGCAGCUGGUUAUUUAAUUUACUUUUAUAUGAAAAACUGCAGACUGAAUCCAAUCCACAGGGCUAACUUUAAUAGUUCUUAACUGGCUUCAGGAACAUAGCACUUGUCAUAUAGGUGUAAUCACAUCACCCAUUGAUUCUUCUUUAUAUUUAACUCUAUGACACAGUGUCUCCACAAGUAUUUGUCAACUUUGAGAUCUCUUAGUGUUUCGCACAUCUUGUGAUCCUUAACACUCCACCACCAACCACCUUUAGUGUGUUUUAUUUAACAAGUAGUGCUAGAACAAGGUAGUCAGGUUAAAUGUUGCUUUGUCUCAGAUUUGGCAUAAAAAUCUUAAAGACGUGAUGUUAUAAUCUGAUAUGCCAUCACCCUUAAACACAUGGACCUACACCCUGAUAGAAACUUAGUAUUGUAGUAUGUCAGUCCCAUUCACAGGUGCUUUUAUAUUUCUUCUUGAUUACCACCAUUUAAUUAAAAUGUACAGUAUUAUUUUAGACAUUAUUUAUAAGAUGACAACAUAGGAGAAGAUACAGAUCAUGUGUACAUAUUGCCUUAUUAAAUAAGCUGUGCCUCUGAAGUCCCAUACAAAGGCACCUGUGUUUUUAUGAGACGUGAAGCUAGUGUAGCUGAUAAAGUCCUGUUGUGCAGCUGCAGGAUUGUUUGGUUUUGGCUCGGUGGUCCUUCUUUGUUAUUCUGUGCUGUAAGAAGCCCUGGGAACGGCUUUAAAAGCGUAACUAAUAUGACAUCAUUACAGGAAACUAAAAGAACAUCUUGAGUGAAUUGUAAUCAGAACACACUUUCUAUUGAUUUCACUGUCAAUGUUGUCAAAUCAGAUUCAUAUCUUGAAAUCCAUAUGCGUUGUAAUGCCUUGUAUACCUGAUGUGACUAGGAUUAAACAACAUGUGCCACAA